AUAUGAAAUCAAAACAUUUGGAUAAAAAUAACCUAAAAAAAUUGUAGUAUACACAAUAUGUGCUUUUUUAAUUGAUUUAAAAUUAAAUAUUAUUAUUAAUAAAAUUAGUGACGUGUAUACUUAAUAAAAUAAAAUAGAAUAAAUAGAAUUAGAAUAGUGAGAAAAUUAAAAUGUUUGCCUUGUACGAUUUAUGUCAUCCAAGUUACUACAAAAUUAGCCAAUUGGGUUGCACUGAUGGAAUUAAAAUUUCUGUUGCAUUUUAUGUCUACAUGGAACUUUGCGAAGUGAAAUUAUUAAGGGACGUGGUAUAUAAAUAUAAUAAAGAAAUCGAUAUUAUAUAUCUUGAAGGGAAAAAAAAUAAAUCCUCAGAGCCCGAAACAUAUAUACCUUGGCCUAAUAUUUAUAAAAUUUCUCUUCUGCAAAUUGAAAAUAUACAAGAGCAUCUGAAAAUAAAAAGUUUUACUUUUGUAUUUAGAGGAGGCGAUAGUACUACUGUUUAUUAUAAAAUAACAUCAGGACUCGUUAAACCAAUAUCGCCUGACGAAACAAAAAUUAUUAAACAAAAAGAAGAAAAUAAAUACAAAUUAGAUCAAGAUAUUAGAAGAAAUACUUCAAUUUUUUAUGAAAUAGCAAAAUCUCUUGAUUCUAACGAAAGUAAAACUGUUAAUAUUGAGAAUGCAAAUGCAAAUGAUAGUGAAAAUUCUGUUAUUGCAUCUAGUGAAAAAAAAGAGACAAAAAGUUCAAGUUCACAACCUACAAUUACAAGUGUUGAAAUUAUAUCAGAAGCGUCAACUAAAACACAAAAUAUAGAAAUAUUACAUAAGACAUAGUUUUUAUAGAAAAAAAAAAAUAAUAAUAAAUUUUAUAGGCAAAAAAAUACUUAAAUACAGGGUUUCUUUUUACUAAAAACCAAUUUUUCUUUUUUUUUUUUUACUAUUUAUUAACUGAAAUAAUCUUAAUUUGAGUAUAUAAGUUGAAAUGAUUUCAGCAGAUUAUCACUAAAGUUUUUUUUUCUGUUCAUUAAUUAGGAUAAUAUUUCAAUAUCAGUAUGUUUUAUAUACAACUUACAAAAAAAAAAUUUUAUUGCUGCUUCAACCGUACCUUAAUGAGAUGUGAAUUAAAGCAUACAUUAUUUAUUAAAAUUGAUUUAUAAUUGAUAAGGAAUAUAAAAUUUAAAAUUAAUUUUUUACAAUUAAUCUCCAUUCGUACGGCAUAAAAGUGGUAAAAUCAGUCAGCAGGGUGGUAAAGUUUCUUUUUUAUUUUUAAAGAAAUUCAAUUUCCGAAAAAAAAGAAAUCGAUGAUAAAUCUUACAAUCGAAGUUUCAGAUAUGAAUUUCUCUUUUUUUUUUAAUGGUCGUUUUUUUUUUCAUUAAAUAAAAAUACAUAUUUUGUCUAGCUUCAAGAUAUUAAAAUCUAUGCUUGUUCGAUAAAAAAAACAACCAUUUACAAAAAAAAAAUUAAUCAGGCACGUUUUAUCUUUCCUACAAACAUUAAAAUCUGUAAAGGAAAUUUUUUGUUUAUUGUAAACCGAGUACCAAAGAGUAUUAGAGUAUUAAAGUAAGGCAACUGGAUUUCCAGACCUCCUCAACACUAUCACAAAUUGCUUAGCUUGUCAAUCGCAAUUUCAAAUAACCAGUGUAAAAAGUAUCAAAAUUAACUUUUUCAUUUUUUUUUUCUUUUUCCAAAUUCAUUCAAGACCAUUGGUUUUACUUUGAAAAGCGAGAGAAUUAUUUACAAUAAUUUGAAAAAUUCCAAUGCUUAAAACAGGAAUCCUUCUCCGAAUAAAAAUUUCGGAAUACAUGGAAUGGAGUUAUUAGAAUUUUUGAUACAAUUUUCAUUUUUAUAGAAGGAAAUACUUGUUCCUUAUUAAUAAAUUUUUAAUAUUAAAAAAAAAAAUGGUAUUUAAGUACGGCACGAUUAUCUCCGCUUCUUUUUUUUUAUCGAAUAAAAUUCGUGUAUAACAAUUAAAAUGCAAAAUAAGCCAAAUAGCGGUGAAAAAUAUUUUAAAUAUACAUGAAUUAAAAAUUGAAUAAACAGAACGAAACAAUAUGGGAGUCAUGAAAUAAUAGUGUCUCUCGUUAACUAUUAACGCAUUUAAAAAACAUUGUUAUAGCUCCAUUUCUGAAUUGAUUAUUAUCACAUGAUUAUGAGCAAAUAUUUCUGAUUUUUUUUUUUUGUUUUAAAAAUUAGUUUUGAUAAAGGGGCGCGCGCGCGAGUACAUUCUGCUGAAAUAAUAUCAUUAACGCUUUUUUAAAAAAGAGCUUAAAACAACUCUCUCAUAUUACGCAUUAUAGCUGCAACUGCAGAAGUAGUUUUUUUUUUCCUUUAAUUUCUCACGUAGAUAAAAAUAGCUAUAAUAAACUUUACGAUAUGCUUCGUAAAUGAUUCUCAUAAAUUACAAUUUGAUGAUUUUGGUCCUACUCUGUUUUUUCAUUUCAUUAGCGAUUUAAAAAAAAUAAUUAGUACCAUAAAAAUCGUCUACUUACAGCAAAAAAAAAAAAAUAUAUAAUUGCAGCUUAAAAUUGCGAGACCUGUUUGCAAUUACUAAUUAUAGUAUACAAUAAAAAUAUAAAAACUAUACAAAUAAUCAUAUUAGACGGAGAUGCAGAAAGGAUUAAGUUCAGAUCAUAGUGCGUGGGAGAACCAAACAAAAUGAAUUAAAAAAAUAAAAAAAAAGCUCUGUCCAGUGCAAAAAAAAAAAAUAAAA